GUCUGCUGCAAUAACGUUGGACGUGGAUGAUUAUAAAGAGCUCAUUAUUAAAAAUCCCCGGCCAUACCACACCUUCGUCCUCGUCUCCGCUCCUACUGCGGUAUGCGACGUGUGUGGUCCUAUUGGAGUGUCUUUUGAAAAGGCUGCUAUCUCUCAUUAUAUGGUCGACGAUGAAGUCUUCUUCGUAAAACUAGAUGCUUACAAUCAUCGAGGUUUUCAGAGGAUCCACGGAUUUCGAUCAGUUCCACAUCUGAUUCAUCUACACGAAGAUUCCAAACUGAAACAUAAGAAAGCUUCUCCUGAAUACCGUGUUGCGAAGGAAGACACUUACCAUCAAAAGGUGCUCGAACCUACCGUAGACGAGCUGCUGGAGUGGAUGAAUGCAAAAACUGGUGAACAUGUUGCUGCAUAUGUGACCAGAUAUGAGAAAUUUAUG